AUGGAAACGGAGGAUAAGCUUCUGAUGCUCCGAUGCUCCGUUAAGAACUACGAUUGGGGCCGACUGGCCGGAGACUCUCAAGUACUCUCGGUGGCAAAGGCGUUGUCCAUACAGGCUCAUCCAGAUAAAGACUCUGUGUGGGUUAUCUCUCUGGAGGAGCUGAAGGUUGUGAUUCGUACUGUACCUGAGGUUAUGGAACUGGUUGGCUUUGGAGAUGCAUUACCAAUCUUUGGACUCACUGAUCAAGAUAACGAAGAGACUAUAAAACGUGAAUUGGCGGCAGUGUUUACCCGGCUCAUGUUCGCAGAUAAAAAGGAAGUCACUGAAUCAGUAGGCAGAUUGAUAAGUCGUCUGAUCAAAGAAAGUCAGGUGAGGGAGUUGACAGAUAAGGAGAAACUAGCGCUGAGGUUAGAAAAGCAGUAUCCUAGUGAUAUUGGUGUCAUAGCAGCCUUCUUACUGAACUACAUGAAACUCAAUCCCGGUGAAGCCCUGAGCCUUGGGCCAAAUGAGCCACAUGCUUAUAUAAGUGGUGAGUGCAUCGAAUGCAUGGCAACUUCAGACAAUGUCGUGCGAGCUGGCCUUACUCCUAAACACAGAGAUGUCCAGACUCUUUGUUCCAUGCUCACAUACAAGCAGGGGCCCCCUGAGAUCCUGCGAGGAAUUCCCAUAAAUUCACAUGUAACAAGGUACCUCCCACCAUUCGAUGAAUUUGAGAUUGAUCGCUGUGUUGUCCCUCAAGGUGAAUCAGUGACCUUCCCAGCAGUCCCAGGUCCUUCCAUCUUUCUGGUCGUUGAUGGGGAAGCGAUUAUAAAAGUUGGAGGAUCACUCAGAGUCUAUAUUGCUGCCGAAGGAGAUGUCAUUUUUGCUGCUGCAAACACCGUAGUUUGUAUAAGUGAAGCAUCAGACUUGAUUCUGUAUAGGGCUGGGGUUAAUGGUGAAUUCUUUGAAGCUUCCGAGGCUUAGGAAAGCCUUCUGUCAGCCAAGUCUGGAAUUCUGAGUUUGGUUUUUCAGAGUGACAAGAGUAUACAGGAAAAGGCACUGUGAUCACAACAUAGUAAUGUAGUAGUAUAUUGGGAAAAAAAUUGGUUAGUUUCCAAUAAAAGAUAGCAUAUAGCCAAUAUCUUCAUAUGUAUACUUCCAUUGAACUUGUUUGUUCAUAUUUUUUUUCUGGAAAGUGUUGGAUUAAACUGAUCUAGUUAUGUUUA